AUUGUGGGUGAUAAGCUCGUGGUACUGUUGUCAUUUCCUUCCAAACCAUUUUUGAAUCGGAAUGAAGGGUAUUUUUGUGAUUUCGGUGUUAUAAAGAGAGAGAUAGACAUUAGACAGAGACCAAGAGAGAGAAAGAAACAGAUAGAAGAAGAAGAGAGAGAUAGAUAGAUAGAGAGAGGAGGUGUAGUAUAGCCGUUUGAGUCAGUUUUUUCUGUUGGUAUAUGAAGGUAGUGAAGAAACAAUGGUGUCGGACCAGGAUAUAGCAAAAGGGGUGGAGUCUCUGCUACGUCACUCCGACCCAAGCUCUAUAACAACGUUACACGGUGUCGUUCAGCAGCUGGAGGCCAAGUUAGGGUUAGACCUCUCCCACAAGGCCGGUUUCAUCAGAGACCAGAUCGACUUUCUUCUCCGGCCACAGACACUGUCACAGUCACUGCCACAGCCAUUUCAUCAUCAUCUUCCACCGCCUAAAGACCAUUUUGCCCUUCACCCUCACUCACAACCACAGCCACACUUCCCAACCACCCAUCCCCACCCCCAUUUUGCCCUCCACUCCUCCGGCGAGAUCAACUUCCGGCAGCCACACCAUCCUCCGCAGUCCCAGCCACCGACUAGCAAAGGUCAGGCCUUUCCUCAAAAUGCCGAUACUGUUGCCUCUCCUGAAGCACCCAAAGAAAGUGUUCCAACUGGAGGCAAAAGAAGAGGCGGCGCAGGUGGUCUUAACAAAGUUUGUGGUGUUUCUCCUCUGCUUCAGGCAAUUGUUGGUGAGCCGGCAUUGCCAAGAACUGAGAUUGUGAGGCAGCUGUGGGCAUACAUAAGGAAAAACAACCUUCAAGAUCCUGGUAAUAAAAGAAAGAUAAUUUGUGAUGAUGCUCUGCGUUUGGUAUUUGAGACAGACUGCACUGACAUGUUCAAGAUGAAUAAGUUGCUAGCUAAACACAUUAUCCCCCUUGGACCUACAAAGGAGUCACAAGCUAAAAGAAGAAAGGUGGAUGCUGAAUCUACAAUUGAAAGUGCUGAACCUGCUUCAUCUACUGUGAUAAUAUCUGAAGCGCUUGCUAAAUUUUUGGGCACUGGGGGAAGGGAAAUGCAACAAUCUGAAGCCAUAAGACUUGUUUGGGAGUAUAUCAAGCUUAAUCAUUUGGAGGAUCCUUUAAAUGCAAUGGUGAUAUUAUGUGAUGCAAAGCUUCAAGAGCUACUUGGAUGUGAAAGCAUUUCUGCUUUAGGAAUACCAGAGAUGCUUGCACGCCAUCAUCUAUUUAAACAGUCUGACACCUAUUAGUGCUGAUCAGUUAUUAUCAUAUAAGGGCAUGAUCGGCGCGGAGCCUUAGUUUCAUGUUUCUGCUUGAUGCUAGAUCAUAUAGGAAUUUUUUACUUAUUCCUGUAACUUUUUUCUUUUAUCUCUUUGUUCAUUGACAUAUUUAAACGGUCUGUUGUCCGAACGGUAUUAGGUUCAUUGUUUAGAAUGACAAUAUACCCUGGGCUAGGUAGGAAGUAUAUUAUAUUUAUGAUCUGACCCUUUAGGUUCCCUAUGCAUUUUAUCAGUUCUCAAUGUCCACCCUCAACUGACCGAAGGAAAAUGCACCUUACUGUUUUACUAGAUUUGUAAAAAUCUCUUGG